CAGAAACAAUCUGGAAACAAGUAUUCAACUAUAAGUGGAUAAGCGAUAAGUGUGUGGUCUCCAUGGUGAUGGUGCUUGACGUCAUCAAGAAGCGCGGGCUGAGUUCCAGGUUGUGUAGUUAUUGUAGCUGUCAGCAAUGUUAGGCAGGAGAGCCCUGCAUUAUGUCCUGAAGGUGGCGGACAGGCCCAGUACAGCACGGUUCUUCAGAGAUGUUCUUGGGAUGAAGGUUUUACGGCAUGAGGAAUUUGAAGAAGGUUGCAAAGCCACUUGCAAUGGCCCCUAUGAUGGGAAAUGGAGUAAAACUAUGAUUGGCUAUGGUUCAGAAGACAGCCACUUUGUUGUUGAGCUGACCUACAACUAUGGAAUUGGGGAGUACCGUCUUGGCAAUGAUUUCCUGGGGCUCACUCUACAAUCCAGCCAAGCUGUAGCCAAUGCAAGAAAGAUGAAUUGGCCACUUUCCGAAGUAUCACCUGGACUGUUUCAGACAGAAGCCCCUGGAGGUUAUAAGUUCUUUUUAGAAGACAGAGCUCAACCAAAUACAGAUCCAGUGCAGAAAGUGACAGUUGCUGUAUCUAACCUGCAAAAGUCUGUUGCUUACUGGUCUGACUUGUUAGGCCUGAGAGUCUAUCAUGAAGACAAGGAUAAAAAGAGUGUUCUGUUGGGCUAUGCAGAUGACCAGUGCAAACUGGAACUUCAGGAUAUCGGAGGACCAGUGGAUCAUGCAGCAGCGUUUGGACGAAUUGCGUUCGCUUGUCCAAAAGAUCAGCUUCCAACUAUUGAGGCAACUAUGAAAGAGCAGAAUGAAAAGAUCCUGACUCCUCUUGUAAGCCUGGAUACUCCGGGAAAAGCUACUGUCCAAGUUGUUAUUUUGGCUGAUCCUGAUUGUCAUGAAAUUUGCUUUGUUGGAGAUGAAGCAUUUCGAGAAUUGUCUCAGACUGAUCCAAAUGCUGAUCAACUUCUUAAUGAUGCAAUGGCAGCAGAUAAGAGUGACGAAUGGUUUGCAAAACGCCAAAGACAGAAGUCAUCUGCAUGAUUAAACCGGAAUGAUGUACAUGUCUUUAAAAAUCAACCUUUGAUUUAUAUGCUCCCUGACUAAAUACUGACCAAAAAAUUUUGCUGACAAAAUGCUGGCUAAUAAAUGUUACUGA